CAAAUAUAAACCAGACCAAAACCUAGCCAGGUAGUCCACGUCAGACAUCCCUGAGAUGCUUAUGGAAUGAAGAGGGCGUCAUUCAAAAUGCAUCCACUAGCCGAGUCCUCUUUGGGAACUGAACAUCGAGCCUCGGCAACAUCAUCAGCCUCGUGUGAACGACGCCGCAUAUACCCUUACACUUCUUUAUUCCUCAAUCUAACUACCAUUCCUCCAACAAUCACUAAACACCUCCUCCCGAUGCUCCAAAAUGGAGUUUAUGUCGGCCCUCCAGGGCACCUUCGAUGACCACAAACCUUCGCUCUUUGAGCUCCUCUCCGAACAACAACUCGCCUCUCUCAUCCCGCCGUCACUCCGCUAUCUCCUCACCAUCGCCACCCACCGUCACCCACGCUAUCUCCUGCGUGUCCUCAACUCCUUUGAUGAGUUAUACGCAUUAUGUAUGCUCAUUGUUGAGCGGCAUUUCCUAAAAACCCACGGCGGUGGAUUCACCGAGAACUUCUAUGGCCUCAAGCGUGAGAAAGCGCUACGGGGCGAGGUGCCGCGGGCGCAGCUUGGCGCACCGGCCCUCGUGAGGGAAUCUCUGAAGCUCUCGGAGAGAGAUAUAUGGAAGAACCUAGCUGUGAUGGUUGGGUUGCCAUAUUUAAAGGCGAAGCUCGACGAAAGCUACGAAAUCAAUGCGCCGCGAGCGCUCCUCGGUUCGGCAUAUACGCAGAUGCCGCAAAACCCAACACUCAAACAACGAUUUAUGCAUUAUUACCGGUGGUUCUUACGGAAUAUAUACCCAAGCAUAAACGCUGCAUACUAUUUCUCAAUGCUGGCAUUUAAUCUGGCAUAUCUAUUCGACAACAGCAAGUUCCACUCACCAUUCAUGUGGCUUAUUGGCACACGAAUGAGGCGCCUUGGAGAGGCCGAUUACAGGGCCAUCGCCGCACUGAAUGAUCCACCUAAACGAGGACCAGGCGCCAGACCAGGAACGACGUCGAUGUUCAGUCCGAGGACGCUAUACCCGAGGUUAUUGUCGAGCAUGAGCAUAUUACUACCAACCAGCAUAUUCGCCUUGAAGUUUUUGGAGUGGUGGUAUGCAUCCGAUUUCGCGCGACAGCUAAGCAAAAAGGCCAGCGAAAGUUUGGAGCUGCCGCCGCCCAUAAUUUCGGGAAUCAAUAGCGUGGCUCUUGGUCGCAAGACCCCAACAACUUCGUCGAGUGCGGACAAGAAAGACACAGAAAAAGAGCCUUCUGAUGUCCCUGAGAACCCGCCCAUUGCAGCUUUGUCGUUGUUGCCGAUCUAUACUGUCCAGCUUCCAGAGGGCUCAGAUUUAUGUCCUAUAUGUGAAGAGGAUGUUGAGACGCCAACAGCAUGUCAAACCGGGUUCGUGUACUGCUACACGUGUAUACAUAAGUGGGUCAAUGGAGAUCAUGAAAAACAGGAACAGUUCACGGCCGGUAAAGAAGGUAAAUGGGAAAGUGGACAGGGCCGAUGCGCUGUCACGGGAAGGAGGGUGUUGGCUGGAACUGAUGGGCUGAGGAGGGUGAUGGUAUAGAACUUGGUGCGAUAGAAUUCGCCGAAUUACCUAUAUAUUUCCCCAACGAUAGGAGUUCAGGUUUGAUUAUAUAUUAUAAGAGGGGGUAUAAGGCAUUAUGUACUAUAUUUCUACCUCGCCAACAGUUAAGUAUUUGAACCUGUCCCG